AAAGAAGACGAAUUUUUGUCUGAUUUCCCGCAGCCACAGCGUCGAUGAGAAGCAGUCGAGGAACUCCAUUCUAACUGAAUGGAUUGGUAUGGGGAGAAGCGGACCUCAAAUCACGGCUAAGCGGCAGCUUUGGGACUGUGUAACGUUGACGAUGGUUUUACUUUCGCUGCUGUUUCGACCAGCUCACUGCCAGCAGUGUCGAAUUCAGCGCUGCAAUGCCGAGUACGUGGCUUCUACCUCACCCUCUAGUGGUCUGCAGGAGGACGUGGCUCUGGAUGUGGACUACUGCAUCGCCCUGAGGGCCUACGCCCUGUGCACCCGGCGGCAGGCACGCAGCUGUAGGGGUGACUUGGUUUACCACUCAGCUGUCUUUCGCAUUAAGGAGUUAUUCUCUCAGCAUAACUGCUCCAGCGACGGGCCCACCUCCUCCGCCAAGGUGCCCAGCACGUCUCGGCCGGCUGUGUCGGAGCUGUGCGACUAUGAGAAUCGGGUCCUCAUGUCUGGCUCAGCGGGUCAGCAGAAGAAAUACGCCCACUGUGGAUUAUUUGGAGACCCGCACCUACGGACUUUCCGAGACGAGUUUCAGACCUGUAAGGUGGAAGGGGCGUGGCCUCUGAUUGAUAACCGCUUCCUGUCGGUGCAGGUGACCAAUGUGCCUGUUGUCCUCGGCUCGAGCGCCACGGCAACCAGCAAGAUCACAGUGAUCUUCAAGUCCUAUCACGGCUGUACAGAUCAGAAGGUGUACCAGGCCACCACUGAGGAUCUGCCGUUGGCUUUUCAGGAUGGGACUCGCAGCGGUGGUGAGAGCGGCAGCCUGACCAUUGACGAGCGUGGUGGCUCUGGAGUGGGCCGGCAGGUGAAGAUUCAGGCCCGUUACAUCGGCACUUCCAUCAUCAUCCGGCGCGUUGGCAGCUACCUGACCUUUGCCAUCCGCAUGCCGGAGGACAACCUGGACUUUUCGGAGGACAACGGGGGUCUGCAGCUCUGCCUGCACGGCUGCCCGCGCAAUGAGCUCAUCAAAGAGCACACACUGGCCCGGCAGAGCCAGCAGCCCCGCCUGCAGGGCACCAACACAGAACUGGGCCCUCUGCGGCCUCCUCACCAGGUCUACACGGUGGAGCGGGCCACGGCCAAGUGUAGAGAGACUCUGCAGGUGGAAGAUGUGUACUUUCAGUCCUGUGUGUUUGACUUGCUGACCACAGGAGACCCUGAGUUCUCUAUGGCAGCCUAUGGCGCUCUGGAGGAUUUAAAGGCUCUGCCGCCCAGUAAACUGAAGCAGAACUCCCCGAGGACUCCUCAUUUUUACAACAGAGGGGUGUCACACACGUCGACAGCAGCAGCGGCCAACAGUCCCCUGCUCUCACUCAUACUCCUCAUUCUGCUGCUUUUGUAAAAAAAAAAAUAAAUGAAUAUUAAUGAUUUUAAAAAAGGAGAAACAUGGAAGCAAACAAAACGUGGAAGCAUUACCAGCUUGAGGAAAGAGUGACUAGAGCUCAGACAUGUAUUUGUUUUUGUUUUGUUUUUCUUGGAAAUUUUGAAUGUUUUCUGUUUUUGUCAUUUGAAGGAUUUCACACUCAUGAAAGAUGACGUUUGUUCCCACUUUACAUUAUCUGUGGAUUUAUACGUGGAUCCCAUCAUCUGAAGUAAAACAGAUUCACAUACAGUCAUGUGGUUUGAGGUCAAAUACAAUGUGUUCACCAUUUUCACACUCUCACUAUUAAUUGGUUUACAUCAGUAUUUUAAAAGGUAAAACUCAUAAUCGUGUGUGCUGACCUCCAUGGGGCUUUUUUUUGUAAAUAUUUCAUUUUUACUGAGAAAAUGCACAACCUCCAAACACUCCACCAUGUAUGGAGCUGCUUAAAUGUCAUAAACUCAAAGUUGUUUUUUAUAUGGCUUCUAGAUCCUGUAUAAUCCAGUAACAUCACUAGCACUUACAGGUUUUAACAGCAAGUUGUGUGUAUUUAAAUGUUGUUUCUUUGUCUAUUUCUGAAAUCGACAUGUUAAAUACACAGGAUCCAACAACUGUAUGUAAAAACUACCUAUCCAUAAUAUAUGAUGUGUCAGUGUGAUAUUCUCAGCAGUUUCUCAUCUUCUGUGAAACACUCCUCUUCAAGCUGUUUGGCUUCCAGUUUUAAAGGUAAAAAAAAAACAACAAAUCUUUAUAUAAUAAUAUAUUAAAAGAGUGUAUAUAUGUGUUUUAUAUUGUGUACAUUUGCCCGUGUAUAGAUGUUUUAACUGUAAUAUGUUUUACAUUUGUUGUGUUUAGUAGGUUAUUUUGAGACAUUGUAAGAAACGUAAACUAAUAUGUUUGUGUUGUAUGUGUCAUUUUCUGUAUUAAAGUGUUGGA